ACAUAACCAAUAUAUUGAUAUUCUAUGCUGCAAAUACAAAAACAUCAAGAAAUAAAUUUUGCAAAAGAAGAUAAUGAUAAAGAACGAAAUUAUCGAAGAGAAAAUAAAAAAAUAUGAGCUAUUUGUCGAAGAGAAACUCAAAACUGAUUUGAGAAAAGUAGAUGACACGCUCCUAAUAAAGAAUAAACUAUAUCAAGAAUGGGAAGAGGUGGAGAAUAUGUGCAAAACAAUUCAGGAAUUCAAGGAGAAAGAUAGGGAUAUGUUAAUGAAAUUGGAAUUAGGAGAUGGUGUUUUGGUACAAGGUGAAGUCACAAAUUUCAACGAUGUUUUUAUAGAUAUAGGGCUUGGUCACAUUUUGAAAAUGGAACCAGAUGAAGCUAUCAAGUAUGCAGGCAUUAGGAAAAGAGUUUUGAAGAAAGAAGUUGAACAUUACAGGAAACUUGCUGUUGACAUCAAAGUACACAUAAAAUUUGUCCUUUUAGCUAUAAGUGAAUUACAAUCUCCUAAUACUCCACCAUAGUAAUAUAAGGCAAUGGUUUUAUAACUGAGGCAAUUACUGCAACCCAGUGAAAAAAUACGAGCUGACAUUCACAGUGCUGAGUUUAAGGGAAAACACUAAUAAUUCAGUCGGAUUUCAAAGUGCUCUAGAAAGAAUAUAACGAAUCAUGUAAAAAUGUUAUGUUGAUUAUCACAUUGACUUCUGAUAAAUAUACUUGUGAUUUAUAUCUGA